UUCAUUGGCUAGGGGGUUUCAGGCGGGCGGUUUGGCAGUUGCUUCAACAUGGCGGACGGCGGCGGUGGUGGCGCCGGGGCCGGUGGCGGCGCUGGGGGUGCCGGUGGCGGCGCUGGGAGCGGGGGCGGUGGCGGUUGGCAACCGCCGCGCUCCUGCGAGGCCUACCGCGCCGAGUGGAAGCUGUGCCGCAGCGCCCGGCACUUCCUGCACCACUACUACGUCCACGGCGAGCGGCCGACCUGCGAGCAGUGGCGGCGCGACCUGGCCCGCUGCCGGGACUGGGAGAAGCACGGCAGCCUCGAGGCCCAGGUGCGCGAGGCCCGGCCUUGCCUCACCCCCGACGUGAGCCUCCGGGAGCGCGAUCCCUCUGUGAGAGCGAGCGGGCUCGGAUGCAGGCUGCGUGGAGACAGGUGUUGGUGUGGACUCCAAGGCAGAACCCUCCUGCAGACUGGCACCUCCCUCUGCCACAGGAGAAGGACAAGUGACAAGCACGCCUCUGCCCUUGGCCUGUAUGGCAGUGUCUGAUCUCGUUCAGGUGACACUGUCACACAGCUCUAAGGACUGUAACUGGACCAGGGGCUCCCUCCUGGCCCAGAACAAAGAGCAGGACCCCGGCAGCCUGACAUACCCCCUCUUCUAUACCUCAGGGCUCCCACCACCACAACGCUCUGAAGGUCAAGUGCACCCACCCCAUGGCUGCCGGGGAAUCAAGCACUUUGGCAGAAUCCUGCCCAACCCCCUCAGGAAUAACAGCCCAGAAAUGGCAAUCCUCAAGGCUAGGAGUCCCAGGCAAACUUGACUGGGAGCCCGGACCCAUAUGGGCCCUGAAGCCACCAUACACCAGCCUUGGUGACUCCUGCGUGUGGCCACAAAACAUGGCACUCCCUUCUGCUCAGCUCUGGUCGCUGGUGCACUGGCCCCUCUACCCAGCACACUUAACCCCAGGCACCAGGGCAGACUGUGCACACUCUAGGUGAGGUUGGGUGCAGUUACUUGGAGGAGAGGCAGGUACUGCCUAAACCCCAUCUCACAGUUAUCUGCAGAUACUAAGUG